GCGAGGGUCUGGAGAAGAAGGAGGACGACUUCGCGGCAGGUGUCGAGAAAGAGCUGGCCAAGUACAAGAACGCCGGAGGUGAGGCAAAGGAAGAGAAGAAGGAGGAGAAGGAAGAAAAGAAGGAAGAGCCCAAGGAGGAAAAGAAGGAAGAGGAGAAGAAGGAAGAGAAGCCGAAGGUGGCUGUCUCCGCUGCCCAGGUGAAGGAGCUCCGCGGAAGGUCCGGCGCUGGCAUUCUCGAUGCCAAGAAGGCCCUGACGGAGUGCGGAGGAGAUAUGGACGAGGCCAUGGAAUGGCUCAAGAAGAAGGGCAUGGCCAAGGCGGACAAGAAGGCUGGCAACCUGUCGGCGGAGGGCGUGAUUGCCUCCUACGUUCACUUCAACUCCAAGCUGGGCGUCCUUGUGGAGGUGAACAGUGAGACUGACUUCGUUGCCAUCAAUGCAAUCUUCAAGGAGUUUGCUGCCGACGUUGCCAUGCAAAUC